GAUUCAGAUGAUGUAAACAAAAUUAAAAAACAAAUCGCCUAUUUGUUUGAUAAAAUAAAAGGGUCGGAUGACGUAGACGAAAUCAAAAAACAAAUUAACUAUACGCUUGAUAAAAUAAAAGUUUCAGAAUACAUAGCUGAAAUUAAAAGUCAAAUCGAUAAUUGGCUUGGUAAAAUAAAGGAUUUAGACGAUAUAGACAAAAUUAAAAAACAGAUUAACCAUUGGUUUGAUAAAAUAAAUGAUGAUGUAAAGAAAUUUAAAGAACGUGAGAUUAUUUCUUGGCAUAAUAUAGCAACAGAUUCAGUUGAUAAAGACGAAAUAAUGAAGCUAAUUGAUAAAAUAAAGGAUUCGCAUAACAUGAAAUUAAAAAGCAAAUUUGAUAAAAUAAAAGGAUCUGAUGAUGUAAACGAAAUUAAAGAACAAAUCAAUUAUCGGCUUGAUGAAAUAAACGGUUUAGAUAAUGUAGACAAUAUGAAACAACAAAUCAAUAAUUGGCUUGAUAAAAUAAAAGGUUUAGAUUACGCAGACGAAAUUAAAAAACAAAUUAGUUUUUGUCUUGAUGAAAUAAAAGGCUUAGAUGAUGUAGACGAAAUUACAAAACAGUUUUUGGAAGAUGAUCAAAUAGUUAGUGAUUUAUCAUUUAAUUCACCAAAAAAUCCAGACCAUAUGUAUACAAGUAAGGGCAUUAACACGCAAAAAAUUGCAAAAAUAUUAGCACUUGAAUCUGCAGGAAUUUUCUAG